GCUUGAUUUUGACGUCAGAGCCACUCGCCGUGCCACAUGUGUUAAAGGAAUCAAUUUGUUUCUAUAAUUUCCUCCCAAACAUCUUGGAAUGGACAUAUAUCUUUAUGAUUAAAGAUAAUAUUUUACAUGGAAAUAUACUGUUGACUCUUUCAAAUCUCUAACAGCUGUCACAUCUAAUUAUGGCUCUUCCGGAGAAGAAUGAAGUUACAGUAAACCUAGAAACGCAACCCAUGGUCAGUGAAGAAGAGUUCAGUGACUCUAAACGAGAGGAAGAUGAGAAGCAGCAGGAGACUGUAGGCGAUGCUGAGCAGGAGAUGAACUGUGAAGAUGACAGUGGUGAUGGUGAAGCUCUUGACCUGGACAUAAAUGAAGAAGAUGAGGCUGAGAAACCGAAGGGCAAGAAAUGUAUCCCUGGUAUCGUUUAUUUGGGACACAUUCCUCCGAGGAUGAGACCAAAACACAUGCGGACUAUGCUGAGUGUGUACGGAGAGAUCGGGAGGAUCUUCCUACAACCCGAAGAUCGUUGUGUGAAAAGAAAGAAAAAGAAAGCAGGAAGCAAUUCAUCCAGUUUCACGGAGGGCUGGGUGGAGUUCAGAGACAAGCGCAUCGCUAAGAGAGUCGCAACCAGUCUACACAACACACCCAUGGCCAACAAGAAGAGGAGCCACUUCAGCAGCGACCUGUGGUCCAUAAAGUACCUGCACAGGUUCCAGUGGUGCCAUCUCAGCGAACGAUUGGCUUACGAGCAGACGGUGUAUCAUCAGCGUAUGAGAACAGAAAUCUCCCAGGCCAAGAAGGAGACCAACUUCUACCUGGCUAGUGUGGAAAAGAGCCAGAAGCUGGAGACCCUAAGGAAGAAGAAGGAGAAGAAGGGAGAGGUCGUAGAGGAGAAGACGUGGGACUACAAACAGAGACCUACAGAAGAAGAGAUCCACCUGAAACGGUUUAAGAACAAAGGCUUGUCCAAGAAGAACCUCCAGAAGGCACAAGAGAAGAGCAAAACCAUCCAGGACAAAGCUCAAUCGAACGUUUCCCUCCUGGCCAAGAUCUUCAGUAGUGGAAAGGCUCAGAAUUGAUGUUUUGGUGAAUCGCUCAUUUUUCAGACACGUAAAAAAAAAAAGUAUUUGUGUACAUGCUUUUCAACAUACAAACUACUUCUGUAAACCCCAUGUAGAUUGUUCUGAUUGACUGUUUCAUACAUUCAGAAUAAAAACACUGCAUGACUCAGACAACAAUCACCCCCCCCCCCCCCAUUGUAAAAACAGUGCUCUAUUUUCCAAUAAAAAGAGACUUAAUGUCUUCUGAAAGCAUAGUGCAUUGUUCAUUCAUGAAAUAUUUCUCUAAUAAACUAAAUCUUUAAUUACUUUUAUUCAUUUGAACAUAGAAACUGUCAUUGGGAUUUUUUGGGAUUCAAAUUAAUUAUUAAUGUUAUUAUCAUAUUAAUAAAAUGGUCUUUAUAUACAAA